AUGCAUACCUUAAAUGUAUUCUCUAUUCAUUAUCUAUCUAUCUAUCUAUCUAUCUAUCUAUCUAUCUAUCUAUCUAUCUAUCUAUCUAUCUAUCUAUCUAUUUUCAUUCUAUAUAUCUAUCUCUUUGUUUAUCUAUAUAUUUUGGGUUGUAUUAUCUAUCUAUCUAUCUAUCUAUCUAUCUAUCUAUCUAUCUAUCUAUCUAUCUAUCUAUCUAUGUACUUAUUCUCUUUAUUUUUCUUUCCUUUGUUUAUUCCUCCUUUUCUUUUUUCUAUUUUCUUCAGUUCUUUCUUUCUUUUUUUUUAUUUCUUUUCAUCUUUUCUUUCAAUUUUACUUCGUUCUUUUCUCCUUUGCUAUUUCAUUUAUAAUCUCUCUCUGUUUUCUUUAUUUCUUUUUCUUUCUUUCUUUCUUUGCCCCUUUUGUAAGUCUCCCUUUUUUACGUUGAUCGUUUCUCCUUUUCUAUUUCAUUUUUCGUCAGUUUAUCAUUUCUUUUAUAAUCUCUCUCUGUUUUCUUCCUUUUUCUUUCUUUCUUUCUUUCUUUCUUUCUUUCUUAACACUUUUUCUUUUCCGUUUUCCUCUCUUUAUUUUUAUUUACUUUGUUUAUUCCUUCUUUUCUUUUUCCUAUUCUCUUCAGUUCUUUCUUUCUUUCUUUCUUUCUUUUCAUCUUUUCUUUCAAUUUUACUUCGUUCUUUUCUCCUUUGCUAUUUCAUUUUUCGUCAGUUUAUCAUUUCUUUUAUAAUCUGUCUCUGUUUUCUUUCUUUCUUAUUCUUUCUUUCUUUCUUUCUUUCUUUCUUUCUUUCUUUCUUUCUUUGCCCCUUUUGUAAGUCUCCCUUUUUUACGUUGAUCGUUUCUCCUUUUCUAUUUCAUUUUUCGUCAGUUUAUCAUUUCUUUUAUAAUCUCUCUCUGUUUUCUUUCUUUCUUAUUCUUUCUUUCUUUCUUUCUUUCUUUCUUUCUUUCUUUCUUUCUUUCUUUCUUUCUUUCUUUCUUUGCCCCUUUUGUAAGUCUCCCUUUUUUACGUUGAUCGUUUCUCCUUUUCUAUUUCAUUUUUCGUCAUUCUUUCUUUCUUUCUUUCUUUUAUUUCUUUUCAUCUUUUCUUUCAGUUUCUCUUUUUUUUUUACUUCGUUCGUUUCUUCUUUUCUAUUUAAUUUUUCGUCAGUUUAUCAUUUCUUUUAUAAUCUCUCUCUUCUUUCUUUCUUUCUUUCUUUCUUUCUUUCUUUCUUUCUUUCUUUCUUUCUUAACCUUUUUUCUUUUUUUUUCCUCUCUUUUUACCUUUGUAUUGUUUUCCAUUUCUUUCUUCUUUUCUUUGUUUCCAUUCCUUUUUAUCCAUUAUUUAUUUCAUAUUUAAAUAUUUCCAUUCUCUUCUUUCUGUCAUUGUAUUUUUUUUUCAUUCCUCCACCGCCGCGCACCUGGCGUAAAUUUCCCUUCACUUUUCCUUUUUUCUGUUCAAUUAAUCUGUGCAUCUAUGUGUAUCUCUUGAGGCAUGUGCGACGGCGCCACCCUCCUUUCUCCAUUUGUGCUACUUCUUUAUUCUUCAUUCUUUGCAAAAUGUCUUCUGCAUAA